AUGAAGCGUAUCGUCGGUGGAAUUGUUUUUGUUGUUGCAGUGGUGUGUUUAACGGUUGCAAGCUCUUGGAAAAGUUACAGGAUGGAAAACACUGAGCUCAAUGGAGCUCCCAUUAAGAUUGAAUUUCCGCAAUUGCGGUUGUUAGAACAAUGGACAAUGCCUACUGAUCAAGAUUGGAGAUUAAUUUUUGUCGGAGAUGUUCAUGGACAGUAUACGGAAUUAAUGAAUAUUGUGGAGGGCGAACUGGGCGGUUUAGAUGACCAAACGACGUUGGUUUUACUUGGGGAUGUAGUGAGCAAAGGGCCUGAUUCUGGUCGUGUGAUACAAUUCAUCUUGGAAUACCGCGACCGCGUGAAGUGUGUGCUGGGAAACCAUGACUUGGCGGUCUUAUUUGCAUUGGUGAACCCAGAAUUGAGCAACCACCAUAAUUUAUUACCUUUGCGAGUCGGUGACUCGCAAUUUAUUCCAAAAGAUCUGUCAAAGGUUAAGAAGAUGCACCAGCAGCUCGCACACGAGCUGGGAUUUGUCAAGGCUAAGAGCUGGGCCUUACACAGUUCCCUCGCAGUGCAAUUUACACUCCCAAAUGGCCAAAUACUCUAUGGAUGCCACGCCGGUAUGCUACCAGGAGAUUUCUCCCAGCGCACGCCUUCUGUACACGCACUCACGGAGAUGAAGUUCGUCGACCCAAAGGAUUGGACCCACACUUCAAAAGAAAAAUUCAAAAAUUCCAAGCAUUGGUACAAACUAUGGGACGACGUAUCAGAACAUAUUACUGUACUCUACGGCCACGAUGCCAAGCGUGGGCUCAACUUACGCUCUCACACCAAGGGACUUGAUUCCGGCUGCGUAAAAGGUAAAGAGCUCAGCGCACUACAAUAUAGCUACGACCACAUCACUGGCAAGAUUACCACGAAGCUUUUCCAGACCAGUUGCGUAAACAAUCAGGCCAAAUAG